CGCGCCGAGGCAGAGUGGCGCGGGAGGGCGGAGGCGCGCGCCGGCCGCUGGAUCUCCGGCUCGCCGCCGCCCGCCACGCACGUGCGGCCGCUGUCGUGCGCCGAGCUCCCGCCCUGCGGCCGCUUUGUUGCCUCCGGGCCGCCGGCACCAUGCUCACGCCGGGCUCUGCGGGCCCGGGCGACGCACACGCGGUUGACAUCAUGGACAUAUGUGAGUCCAUCCUGGAGAGGAAGCGGCAUGACAGUGAGAGGUCUACGUGCAGCAUCUUGGAGCAGAAUGACAUUGAAGCUGUUGAGGUGCUGGUUUGCAUGAGCUCCUGGGGUCAGAGAUCCCAAAAAGGGGACCUGUUGAAGAUAAGACCGCUCACACCUGUCUCUGACUCUGGCGAUAUCACCACCACUGUGCCGAUGGACUCACCUGCACCUGAGCUACCAAAGGACUUCCAUUCUUUAUCAACUCUGUGCAUGACUCCUCCUCAGAGCCCUGACCUCACGGAGCCAUCAACAGGGACACUUGGUCCUUCCCAAGUAACUGAUUCCAAAGCCCCCAUGGUCAUGGCUGGCCCCUCAGCCUCUCGUGGGGGAGCCCCCCCUCCCUGCAGGGCCAUGGUGACAAGUGUCAUUUGCUACACCGGGGGGACUCCUGCCCACACUCCUACCACUCAGGCUCAAGAGCACCACCUUUCAGCCAACGGAGAAGCGGAAGCCCGGUGUCUGGGACACACCGAAGCUUUGCCGGACACACGCCUCACAGACAGUUUGCCCACCGUUAACGCGGUGUCCUGCCAGCCUUGCUCACACAAGUCUGGCGGCCUGACCUCCACCGACGACAAGAGCCAGCAGGCAGGGUGGCCUGUUGCGGUUCCGAUCUGCUCACCAAAGAAUCAUGACAAUGACUUGCCAAGGAAAGCCACCCCUCUGAUUUCUGUCCCUACGGCUAGUCCCCCUGUCCUUUGCCAAAUGCUCCCUGUGACUGGACACAGUGGCGUGUUAGCAGCUUUGCUGAAGCCUCCUCUCCCAGCGUCUACAGGGACUGCCAAACCCAUCUUGCCCCACGCUGCUCCAGUCCCCCAGCCUGUGUUCGUGGGGCCAUCCGUGCCUCCGGGGGCUGUGAUGUUGGUUCUGCCCCAGGGGGCCCUGGCCCAGCCCGCCACGUGCUCAUCGAGCGCUCUGGCCGUGGCGAGUGCCAGGUUCUUGCCGCUCGCCCCUGCGCCCGUGUUCAUCGCAUCCGAUCAGAGCUGCGCCCCUCAGGUCGACUUUUCCCGCAGGAGGAACUAUGUGUGCAGCUUCCCGGGCUGCCGGAAGACCUACUUCAAAAGCUCCCAUCUCAAGGCCCACCUUCGCACUCACACGGGAGAGAAGCCUUUCAGCUGUAGCUGGGAUGGCUGCGACAAGAAAUUCGCUCGUUCAGAUGAACUCUCUCGCCACCGCAGAACUCACACCGGGGAGAAGAAGUUCGUGUGCCCCGUGUGCGAGCGGCGGUUCAUGCGCAGCGACCACCUGACCAAGCACGCCCGGCGCCACGGGAGCACCCGCAGGGUCCCUGGCUGGCAGGCGGAGGUGGGCAAGCUGAGCAGAAUGGCCUCAGCCGAGCCCCCGGGGAGCCCGCUGCUGUGCAGGCCGGCCUCGGCCUGACGGGCGCGCCGGGGCCCGCGGAGGGCAUCUGUAAAAGCCUCUUUCAGGACUGGAGCGGAUGGUUUUCCCGCCAAAAAAAAAGAAAAAAAUUGGCUUGAGGGCUGGGAGAAAGUGGGGAGCUGGUUCUGAUGAAAGCGCGUUAACCUGUCUCGUUUUGGUUGGGGCCCUGUUCCAUAUCUCUUGUAGUUUCGGAGUUUCUUUUAAGGCAGUGGAGGAAAAUGCCAUGGUCUGAGUCACCAGCAUUCACGCAAACCUCCUGGCAAUAAAUUUUACAAAAUGUGGAUUUGUACAACCUUUCUAUUCAUGUUUUGUAGAAAUGAGACAGGGUACUAAUUUUUAUACUCUUUUUUAUAAAAAUAUUUAUAUCAUUGGUGCUCAGAUCACCAAUUCCUAAAUAGAUGAUUUUACAACCUUCUUUUCCAUGUUUAGCAGCAUUUCUAUAAUAAUCCUUCUUUUAGUAAAGUUGACACAUACUCAGCCAAAAAAAAUUUUUACAGCUUCAUAAUCAGGUCUUUUAGAUCUGAGAUUUUUUUAGAUUCAGGACUGGUUGACUUAGGGGCCUCUUAAAGAAAUGGGCAAAAAAACACCUCACAGUCAGCUUCUUCAAAACAUUUUCAAGGGAAGUUCCAGACAACCAUUCCUUUAAGGCUCUCCCCCACGGCCCCCAAGGAAUUACAGUUCUGUUCCGUACAACUUAGUCCCUCGCGCCCGUGCUGUGACUCGAGAAGCUUGUACCCCAGAGGUCAGGGUACUCGAUAGAUACUGGGGGAGCAGAGAGCUGCUCUGCUGAGGACAAGCCGUCCACCGUCUUCUGGGUGUCCCUCAAACACCAAAAGUGACAAUGUACGCACUCAAGCCCGGCUGCUGUCAGUUGUCAGUUGGACUUCUUUUGCUAUGGCCUCAUCCAGGUAUUUUGUGGGUAGAGUAGCUUCUUAGAGAAAAAGUACCCUUAGCAUUUGGAGGAGCUUUCCACCAGAGUAAAGCUUAUCUAAGGUGAAGCGGAUGUGCAAACGGUCCAGCUCCAGUGCUCUGAUUCCUUUAUUUAUUAAUUAGUAAGGACUGGGGCGGGGCAACUUAGGCUAAUCGGCAGUAACGCUGCCCAGCGGUCCUUUCCUUCGUUUUGUUUGAAGGAAAUUGCUUUGAUCAAACAGAAAAUCACCUGGAACCUGGGGGGUUUUGCAGUCUCUCUAGAAAAUAGACUGAGCAUGACUUUGCAGCUGUGAGCACAGGUCCUAGCAUUACCGAGACUGCGCCCCGGCGUCCAGGAAACUGCUGAGGCUGCUUUUGUUGGGCAGUGUCGGGAAUCCAGGCAGCAGAUUGCACGGAAGGAACAUGGCAGUGUUGCUUUGCUCUUUGAGCCCAGGAACAGUUUGCAUUGUGCCGUAUGUAUUUCCAUUUUGUCUUUGCCUCUUCCUGGCAUUUCCCUUUAUGAAAAUGGUGGUAAGGUGAACUACUGAAUAAUAAAAUCAGAUUUUGUGUUCA